UGAAGUGCUCGUAAUUGCGGAGGGAAUCGUCAUCGAAUCGAGCGAGUGAGUGUAGCAAAAAUCAACCAAGGGAAGGAAGAGGAAAAACCGUAGCCAUCUUGUAAUACGUUCUCGUCGGCCUGGUUAGCACCGAUUUCGGAAGGUUUUCUUCAGUUUCGGUUCUUUUUCACUGCUCUCCCCCUUUGUGUGAAAUUCGCGCGCGUGUGUAUGCGUGAGUAUCGCAACAAGAGCCAAUAGGGGAAGAAGAAGCCAUAGCGUAAAGAAGAGUUGAAGCAGACGGACUUUUUUUUCCUAUUGACGAACGAGUGAGAAAUAUAUCAAGUAGCUGCAAGUAAGCAGGCCCAGAGAAUUCCAAAUUUGCUGCAAGGAGGCAGGAAUUGCCCGUUAAUAUCCUAGAAAAGCACUCCCCAACAGCGCGGAGGCUACUCCACACAACCCGUUCGCAGCAGUACAGAUGGCGUUGAAGAGAAUUAACAAGGAACUACAAGACCUGGGGAGAGAUCCACCCGCACAAUGCAGUGCAGGACCAGUGGGAGAUGAUCUAUUUCAUUGGCAGGCAACAAUUAUGGGACCGCCAGACAGCCCGUACCAAGGAGGUGUAUUCUUCUUAACCAUACAUUUCCCUACAGAUUAUCCAUUCAAACCACCCAAAGUGGCUUUUACAACACGCAUAUAUCACCCUAACAUAAACAGCAACGGUUCGAUUUGCCUCGACAUCUUACGAUCUCAAUGGUCACCUGCAUUGACUAUUUCGAAAGUGUUGUUAUCAAUUUGCUCUCUGCUAUGUGAUCCAAAUCCAGAUGAUCCCCUCGUACCGGAGAUCGCUAGAAUAUACAAAACCGAUCGAGAAAAAUACAAUGAACUCGCGCGGGAGUGGACACGAAAGUAUGCUAUGUGAUGCGUUCCAGAAAUAAACCUAGAAAUCAACAAAAACAACCACAACCAGAGAACCAACAAUAACCACAUCAAAAACAACAACAGAAAACAACAGCAACCCAUUGUAUCUGAAUUGCUACUCGUACUACUUCUUCUACUGUUGCUCCAACCUAAGCCGCUCAUCACUCGUAAGAUGAUUACUGAUGAUGAUGUCGAUAAUGCCGGGAAAGGAGGUGGCCAAGACGAAACAUUUGGUUGCAGCGACAGCAGCAGUAUGACUCCCAUACAACUUUCUUCUACCAACAACACCUUGCAGCAGAGUUUUCGCCACCGAAUCCUUUUCUCCGUUCGUCGUCCUUGUCGUAUUCGUCUUCGUCAUAAUUGUCGUCAGCAGUGGCUAUCCCGUGGACGUUCGCAUCGAAGAGAUGAGUUACAGCAAUUACAACUUGCAAACAAUACGUUUAACAUUAUUUAUUAAUGCAUACCAACAGAAAAAAAAUACACAAUGUCAAGAUAAUCAGCUGGAAGCUAUAGAAAUCGAGAUCAAGUUCGUAAAUCACUACUGCUGGAGGAAGCUGAAAACAACAACUCGAGAACAGUAAAUAAAUCUAUUGAUUACUCUUAAAAACAUUAUCCCUAAUGGAGAAAAACGUUGCAACGGUGAUAACGAGCGCGUGUUAGUGUUCUGAACAAUUCCUCUGAACACGCUUUUUUCUAAUUCUAUGUUAAACUAUUCGAAAGCAUAUUUCAGUUUAGCUGAAACUCCUUUUUUUGUUUCUCUCCUUCAUUUUGAAUUAGUGUUGUCUAUUUCGUUUUUAGUUUUUUACGAAAAAUAUGAAAUAUUUAGUAAAAUUGAAUUGCUAUGUACUAGUUUUUUUUUUACUUAAAAAAAAAGUUUGAAAGAAUCGAAUGGUAGAAAUUUUUAAAGAUAUUUUUCUAGAAGUUUGAUUUUAGGAUGAUUUAUAAAAAGGAUAUUUACCUUAAUUCGUAUGAAUUACACAUUUUGAGUUCAGAUGAUCGCAGUCUUUUCUCUUAAAAUAUAAAAUGAGGAAUCCUGCUAAAGAAUUGGGAAAUCAUGAUAUCAUGAUUACCAUAAAUCUGCAUAGUGAAUGAAUUAUAAAUCUACCGAUAAUGAUGAAUAAUUUAUUAUUUUAUGUUUGCUUAGUAAACUACGUGUCGUAGCAAUAGUGGAACAGAAAAAUAAACUGUAAAUGAUGGAAAAGGACAUUUUGCAUACGUUGAAUUUUGGAGGGAGAUUGAGAUGCCGAAAUGAGCGCGAGAUUCGUGAGUAAAAAAAUAAAAGAGUAACUCAAAUACUGUAAGCACUGCGUACAUGCUAAAGUGAAAAUCAAAUCGUUCGAAUUUUCGACGAGAAACAGCAGCAGGAUGAAAGAAAAAUAUUAUUUUAUUAGACUUUUUAAUUAGAAUAAUUAUUACUAUUACUGCUACCUUAACUAAACAUAUGGAACAUAAUACUGGAAGUAAUGCGAAAGAAAAGUAAAAUCUGAUACAAAACCCA